CGCAAUGCCAUUCUCGAUAACAUCACUCGUCCCCGCCGCCGCUCGAUCUUCUUGCGCCUUUCUCUCCCCCUCGACUCUCAUACCUAUAUCGCUUGUCUGCCGCCGAUCACCAUGGCAGACAAGAAACCCUCCUCAGUAGCAGCCCCAACCAACCCGCGCGGCAUUCCCGCCGCCCCCUUCGUCGACAAUGUCGCCGACUACGUUUCCUCCCGGGAAGAAGUCGAGCCCACACUCCGCUCCUUCCAGGAGAUGAUCUCCAAGUAUCAGUUCAUGGAGGUGAACACGCAGCGUCGCGGCGCGGGUCUUCGCGAUAAGAUCCCCGAUAUCAAGAAGACGUUGGAGAUGGUCCGGUUUCUGAAUAUGAGGAGAGAGAACAACUCCGACCCCCUCGAAACCAACUUCGAAUUGAACGAUACGCUGUAUGCGCGCGCGAGCGUCUCCCCGGCCGACACAGAAGAAGUGUAUCUCUGGUUGGGAGCGAACGUGAUGCUGGCAUACCCGAUUGAGGAGGCUGAGACAAUGUUGCAGGAUAAGCUGUCUGCGGCGGAGAAGAGUCUUUCGAAUUGUGAGGAGGAUUUGGAGUUUUUGAGGGAACAGAUUACGACGCUCGAGGUCGCUACGGCUCGCGUUUACAACUGGGAUGUUGUGCAGAGACGGAAAGAAAAGGCAGAGGGCAAGGGAGAGGAGGAGGACAAGUCCGCAUAGCUACGUUAAUAUUAUCAUUGUUUAUCUUUCUUUCUUUUUUUUUGAUCUCCGACUACCCACCCUUUUGUAUGUUAUUACUGGUCAAAAGCAGGCAAGGAAAUAAAAGUCUAUGAUACCAAUUGUGGGAUGAGUGGAUUUUGUCUGCGGUCUACUGUUGUCUUCGGUCAUGAUUCAUCAAGAGCUUUGUUGUCAUGAGCGCCGAGAUGAAUCAACGCCUUGAACAAAAAGAGUGUCACGAUAGAAUCAGCAUGAGGGAAUGCAUAAGGAGACCCCAGCAAGAUGUGCGAAAGCCACAUGAAGACCUUGAGGGCUUCUAUAUCUAAAAGGAAC